UGAGUCCCGCGUAGUUCAAAUGUUAUUGCAAUUUUGUAAAAAAUAAGCAGUUUACAAUUUGCAGUUUUCUUUCACUAAAAUCCCCGCGAUCAUCUCAGAAUUGAACGUUGUAGUAUCGCCAAAGAAACUUUUGGACAGAAUAAGUUAAAUGGCAGUGCCGCUAGAUCAGGUGAAAGCUCUGCAUGAAGCUGGGCUGUUUUCGAGCUCUAGGAUGUUGGCAAAUUUUUUGUUGUCUGCAACUGAGCAUAGCAAUCAGGAUAAAUAUGAUCUCAGUCAUAUGGUUAACAAGUACCAACUGUUGGUGUAUCUAGCUGAUUCAUUGUUUGAUGAUGAGCAAUACAAAAGAGCAGAGCAAUUUUAUACCAGAGCUUUACAAUUAAAGAAAACUAUCAUCAAACACAAACCAAAAGCAAGUCCACCCUUGGGUUUGUUGUCAGAGGUUGAAGUAAAAUACAAAAUGUCACAGUGUUAUUUACAUCUCAAGGAACACAAAGAAGCAACAACAAUACUGGAAGGGAUAUCCCAGAAACAAAGAUCACCAAAGAUAAAUAUGUCUCUGGCUAAACUGUAUCAAAGACAAGGCAUGGAGAGGUCUGCUAUUUCAUGUUACAAGGAAGUUUUGAGGGUGUGUCCUCUAGCUCUUGACGCUGUGAUUGGCUUGUUAUCGUUGGGUGUUCCUGGCUCUGAAGUAACUUCGCUUACUGCCUCAUCAACUCCAGGAAUGGACUGGCUGGGUUCAUGGAUAAAGGCACAAGUGUUAGCAGCGUCAGGGAAGCAUGCAAAGGGGGCUCAAGCACUGAAGAGCUUGGAAACACAGAGCUUGCGUGAUAAUGUGGAAUUACUUUGUAAUGCUGCAGAGAUGUUUUACAAUGCUGGAGAUUACAAAAAUGCAAAGUCUUUCUUCCAAAGGGCUCAUUCACUGGACCCAUUUACUGUCCAAGGUAUGGACAUUUAUGCAUUUUUGCUGUCACAGAGUGGAUGCAGUGACAGUGACAGGCUGGAGAAGUUAGCUAAAGACUUGAUUCAAGUGACACAACUUAAACCAGAGCCAUGGAUUGCAAUGGGCCAUUUUUGCAAUGCUACAAACCGAGAGCCCAGAACUGUCUACUUUGCAGAGAAGGCUCACACUAUCGACAGUCGUAACGUACAAGCACUUGUUUUGAAAGCGAGUUUAUUACAAGCGUUGGAGAAGCAACAGGAGUCCCUGCUGCAUUUCCGCGAGGCAGUGAAGCUGGCUCCGUGGAACUUUGAAGCACAGAAAGGUCUUGUUGAGUGUUACAUGUCUGCAAAACGACAUAAGGAAGCCUUAGCCGUGGCAAAGAACGCCCACAAGACUUUAGGAGCCAAUCCACGGACGUUAACUCUUUAUGCUUCAGUUAUGGCUCAUGAACCGUCUCAAUACGAUAAGGCCACAAGUAUGUUGGAAAAAAGUUUGGCUCAAGACGAUACUUAUACAGAUGCUGUAUGUCUGUUGGCGGAAAUCAUGGGCAAGAAGCAGGAAUACGACAAGGCUAUUGCUCUUUUACGUAAACACAUGAGUCACGACCGUACAGCGCGACUGCACCAGCUGUUGGGAGAUUAUUUAGCUCUGACAAAUAAUUAUCAGGAGGCACUGGACCAAUACACACAGGCACUGAGCAUGAAUCCCGGGGAUAGUAAAGCGAUAGAAGGAAUGCAGAAUGUCGAAAGAGCAAAUGGGGGAGAAAUGGAACAUGACAGUGGAGAUGAGGCCGAGGAAACAAACGGUGGAGUCAGUUUAGAAGAGGAGGAUAUUGAAGAUGAAGAGCCAUGGGCGCCACAAGAUAUUCGUGGAGCGCUUUUCUGAUGCACCAUGUCCUUCAAGCAUUUGUUCUCCUUAGGGUGUGAAAUUUUUUUCGUUGUCUAAAAUAGAUUUUACCAUCUUUAAAUAAAUACAUUUAGAAAAGUAUUGCCCCUGCCAAAUUGGAUUUCAUGGCUUUUUUUUUCAGGGCACGAAAAUGUUGGCAUGUAUUUUUUAGUGAACACGAAGGGAAGGUUUCGUUCGUUUUCAAAAUUGUAAAAACAAGCGAAAACAAAAUAAUAACAACAACGAUAACAGCUAAAGGUGAUAGAGCUUUUAAAAAAGGAAAACGAACAAUUACCCCCUUCUCCCUGACGAACCGCCUUAUUUUGCUCAACCAUUUUAAACCUAAGAUUGGUAUUCACAUUUUUCACACUGUUUUCUACACAUUUUCUAUGAUACUGACGAAGAGAAUUUGUUUGACAAUCAGGAGCUUCUUAAAGUGGUCAUCUUUUCUUAUAUUCAGUUGAACUUUACAUUUGAUACAAGGAGGCUGCUGCCGUAAGGAUAAAUUAGAAGCCAGACACUUUUGUGGAUUAAAGGGUUAAAAACUUGAUUUUUUUUAGUGUUGUGUUUUCAGAAGCUGUAUUUUUGAAUAGUUUUUAUUUAAUUUGACUUUUCCUUUAACGAGGAAGUACAAUCCAGAUAUUUGAAUAUUUCUGUAGUCUAUGUAGCAUCACAUUAACAUCUAAUGUGAAAAAAAGCAUUUGAAACGUUUUGUAAUCCCUUUCUCAAGAAGAAAAGAUCACUAUACUUCCUUUUCAAGAAAAAGAAGUGUUUGAUAUCCCACAGUCUCUAAACUUGGAGGAGCUGUCGUUUUGGAAGCCCAAGUUGAACAAGGAAUUAGUUACCUUUCCCGCCAUUGGUUGAAACCUCUUAACCCCUAUCAGGUUGUCAUUGUUUAAGUAAUCUUCCAACAAAUUUAUUUGGGUAUUUUAGCGUUUCUUCAAGAGCCAUGAGUUCAUGCUUUCGUUGUAUCUUAUUGCUGUUCAUGUUACAUGUCGAGUUUGUACACCAUUUAAUUUGGUCGUUUCAGUGAGACAGCCGCCGGACGAGUUAUUUCUUCCACUGUGCUCAAGUUUCAUUAAAACAUGAAGAGCGAAUUCGAUUCUUUGUUAAUAUUUGCAGCAGGUGUUUUAACCUGUUUUGAAAUUCAAAUUAGACGUUUCCUUUCAGUUUUCUUGGUUUCUUCAAACAAUCCAUAUGUAUAUUUAAUGAGCAAACUUUGAGAUCUUCGCCAGACCGAAAGUUUUCAACUAAACUUCUGUCCUCAAUAACUAGAACUUCGCUUGAUUUACGACGCAUAGAACAGUAGAGAAACCAUUUCUUAAUAUCUAAGAAACUCGCUGAACAUAGACAAGACGAACGAGGCUCAUUCACUUGGAUUUGCAAAUAAUUUGGGAGAAUUUCUCGGAAAGAUAUCAGCAACAUGGGGAAAGACAUCGUUCUCGGUGAAGACUGGCUUAUCACGCUGUCUGUUAUCUACGGCCUGGGAGCUGUUUUGUCCGUCUGGGCGACUAUUUUGUCACCAAUGCUACUCGAUGUCUGGGAUACACCGCAAGGGCAGAAAAAGAAGACGGACCGAGACUGGUCUACAAUAUUUUUGGUGCUUCUGUUACUGCAGCCCGUCACGUUUGCUGGAUCAGCAGUGGGAAUGUGGUGGAUCUCGGCCUUUGCUGUUGUUCCACCAGCUCAUUUUGUAUUGACGUUUCUAUCUUUCUUGGCGAUCGACUUCUUUCGUCCGGAAGACGAUGUUUUCAGUAAAUACAAAUACUCUGUUCUCUCGUGAACGAUCCUCAAUCGAACAUUGUUUUCGUAUGCAAAAUAGUUGUAAGUUUCAGCGUUCUUAUUUGAUCUGCGCAUGCAUUUGGCGAUGUGAGUUGAUCUCAUGUGUUUCCCUUCGUUAUUUUAGAGUUUAGUCUGUUUUUAAUAGAUAUUUGUAGUCUCGGGCGAAACACACAUAUAACGUAAAACAUACACACUUUUUUAUAUCGGAGUUUGUCCCUAAAUAUAGGGUACCUGAUUAUUGUUAUCUGUAAUUGAAAAUAUUAAUUAUCUUUUAUGGUUAACACAGCGGUUAUUAAACAUCUCAACGUCCUCCUGUAUCGAAGGACUCAAAAUUUGUCGCGAACAGCUCAGAUGGAGCGUAGAAACAUUAUUAAAGCUUUAUGCGUUAACUAUAUGGCCUCCGCUUUGAAAGGACUGAACUGUUAAGAUUAUUUCGCAGGAAGGAGAAAUAAAGGAUAAUUAAGGGUAAUCAAUUAUUUAUUAUACGAUCACCUCACUUGCACGGAUACUAACUUAUCAUCGUUUUUGUAGUUCUGUUCUCCUAAAUAA